AUGGGGGGGGGGGAGUUGUUAACUCGGCUCUAUAAAAAGCUGGUCGGUAUGAAUAGCCCAAGUCUACCAGCAUCAGCGUAGUAGUCGUAACAGCAACAAGUGCGAGUUACCUCCGUGCAGUAGUGAGAGGCAGCGAAUUAUUACUGGGGCCAUGGCUCGUCCGGCAACAUUGACCAUCCUUCUUCUGCUGCUCGUGCCGCUGGCGUGUGCUCGUCGAGAGAAGGGCAAGGGAGGACACCACCAACACCACCAUCAUCACCACCACCGCACAGAAGACGCCCAUCGCGGCAUUGACGGUGGUCCGACUGGGCUUGAGAAGAGACUCGAACAGCAUGAGAAUCACUUCCAAGGACUUGAGUGUUCUUAUAAUCACCUGGAGAAGUACGUGGUUGCCGUGUCUGACUACAUGCGGAACAAGUUUGGCCAGGGUGCUCCACAAUAUAUACCCCUGGAGAAAGGUUCCAUUUGCCACGAGGACGCAACUGUCGUACAAGACUGCAGCAAAGUGAGGGAGAUGAACGCCUCUGUCAAAAGUGGAGUUUAUAGGAUUCGGCCACAAGGUGCACAGUCUACAUUUGAGGUGUACUGCUCAUUUGAAGCCGACGGUGCGUGGACAGUGUUUCAGCACCGCUUUGAUGGCUCCGUCCCCUUUGGAAGAAAAUGGAGCGAUUACAAGAAUGGCUUUGGCUCUCUGAAAGGUGAACACUGGCUUGGACUGGAGAAGGUUUACGCGCUCACCCACCAGGAGGGCAUCAGCUACACCCUGCGGAUCGAGGUGGAGGACUUUGAGGGCGAAAAGCGUAAUGCCAACUACGCCACGUUCAGCGUGGAUGGCGAGGAUGACGGCUACGCCCUGCACGUUGGCUCGUAUUCCGGCGACGCUGGCGACUCGUUCAAGGGCGACCGGGAGGGCGAGGACCAGAACGGUCAGAAGUUCAGCACCAUGGACAGGGAUGGCGAUGCCUGCAACCCUUGCAUCUUUGGAGACAUCGCGGUUGACAGCUGCAGCGAGGACAACGGGCAAACCGGCUGGUGGUACAGCAACUGCGGUGCGGCCAACCUGAAUGGCGACUGGCAUCCCAAGGGCAGCCACAUUGGAUGGGCCUCCAUGGUGCGAUGGCGUAUGUUCAGAAAGGUGGCUCCCUACUCGUUUAAGUCCAGUGUCAUGAAAAUCAAACCUCUAAUUAAAUGAGUGGGAGGUUGCUCUUGAAAAAAGGGGUUGCCUUUGCCGCAUGUUUGCUUCGCAGCGGAAUCUUCUUUCGUAUGGCAGGAUAAUUUACUAACAAGGUUUUAUUCUCGUGUUUUGAGGUUGGCGGGCGGCUUCAGGAGUAGCCUGCCUGCACGAUAGAAUUCGGUAGUGGCGCUACUGUAGUGUGGCCAAGCAGAGUCGCCUUCUAUCAUUUUUUAGAUAUCAAAGUUUAUUUAAAACAUAAGAACAGGCUGAAAAGCAGUAUUAAUAACACGGCCUCCUCUCGUGUGAGUCACCCAGUGGCUGGGGCUCCACCCAGCCCUCUAAUCCGUGCAACCUGUCUUACCAGGCCACUCAUAAUCUCAAUAGACUUAUCUCCCAAGACAAUGGGGGGAAUCGCUCAUUUCCCUCAACCCCCAUACUUUGCACAGGUUGUGUCAGUGCGUGUUGCACAUGCCUCCAAAGUAAUCUAAUACAAUUCAUGCAGUUACAUGUUUAUAAUUAUACCGUGAUGUAGGCGUACGUGCAGAUCUACACCGGUGACAAUAAAGCAACACCCUUAUUAUCGGUAUACUUCCCAUAUGUUACUUGGUUUGAGAAUGGCGAUGACAGUUGCACUCUGGGCUUUUCUUAAUUGUACAUCCGGUCUAAGAGAUGGAUAUACCUGCCGUGUGAUGGACUAAAUGGAGAUCAACACAGACCAUUUGCAGUUACAUGAAACUUAAAUCCUCAAUUUUUUUGGAUGACGGUUUAAUGUUUUCUUUGAAUGCUUCAAACUCCUGUUGAUGACAACCCAUACGUUGAGCUGCCUGAUUGAUGAUACAUUGCAUUAUGCUGAACCUUUACACGUGCGCUGACAUUUUUUCACUGCUAUAUUUAAAUUAUUGAAAUUAUUAAUCUAGUUUGAACAAACCAAUUUUUUUAUAAUUACCCUUUGUGAUUCAUUUAUGCAUUUUUCUUGUUUUUUUAUGGUGUACACAUGAUGGAAUAGAAGUGUACUGCCUGGCUAAAAUGUAUUCAAUAAAAUUGUGAAAGAUGAA